AUGUCUGCAAACCCUGACACCAGUGAGGCGGUCCUAGUAACAGAAACUGUUGAUCCAAGUGAUCCGAAUUCACCAACAGUAACACAAGAAACUCCUGAUCCAAGCGUACCAACAGCAGCACAAGAAACUCCUGAUCCAAACGCGCCAACAGCAACACAAGAAACUCUUGAUUCAAGUGCACCAACAGCAGCACAAAAAACUCCUGAUCCAAACGCGCCAACAGUAACACAAGAAACUCCUGAUCCAAACGCGCCAACUGCAGCACAAGAAACUCUUGAUCCAAGCGCACCAACAGCAGCACAAGAAACUCGUGAUCCAAGUGCAUCAACGAUGACUACUAGACGGGAAGAGAUGUCUACUGAAGCGAAAGACACAACCAUAAGCCCUUCUGAGGAGCCGAUCUCGGCUGGUGCUCUCGCAGGAAUCAUCAUAGGAUCAUUAGUAGGAGCUGCUGCCAUCGCAGGAGGUGUUGGAUACGCUUUGUAUCAUGGCAAAUAUAUGAAAGGUGGGGCCACAGUUAAUCCGAGCGAUCAGGGGAAUCGUAAUAUUAACAUGGUGGGUAUGGAGGAAGCUGCUAAUGCAGGAGACAAUUAUAACCUGAUUGGCGAGAAUUCCGGGAAGUGA